GGGCACACAUAUCAUAUCUUCAAUCUAUAAUCAACCCAAACUAAUUGGAUAUGGAAAAAGAGACUCAACAGCACACGUCGCCGGAAAAUGUUCUGUCGCCUCACUCCGAUGAUGAUCACCACCACCACCACCCCCAACCUCCCACCAAAGAUUCAUGGCUCCCCCUUACCCAGUCAACACGCGGUAAUUCCUUCUUUGCUGCUUUUCACAUCCUCAAUUCCAACCUCGCCUUCCAAGCCCUCGGCGUGCUUCCCUUUGCCUUCGCCACUCUUGGCUGGGCAUGGGGUAGCGUAUGCCUGUCGGUGGCAUUUGUUUGGCAGCUGUACACCAUAUUCCUCCUUCUUCUGCUCCACGAAUCCGUCCCCGGAGUUCGCCACAGCAGAUUCCUUUUCCUCGCCAUGGCCGCCUUUGGUCGAAGGGUAGGUACGGCAGCAGCAUUAUUCCCGGUGAUGUAUCUAUCGGGAGGAAGCUGCGUGAUGCUCAUCAUCACGGGAGGUAGAACCAUGCAGCUAUUUUUCAACACCAUUUGUCCCAAAGACGAGUGCCACGCGCACCCGUUCAGCGGGGUCCUCUGGUUCUUGGUGUUCACGUCCAUAGCCAUCCUCAUCGCACAAUUAACGCCCAGUCUGAACUCCGUUGCCGGCGUAUCUCUCGUCGGGGCCAUCAGCGCCGUCACCUACUGUACCUUGUUCUGGGUUCUCUCCCUCUCCAAAGGCAGGCCCACCUCCGUUUCAUACGCUUCCUCCCUCUCCCGGCCUGGACAUGAUCACUCCGCUGUUUCUAACAUCUCUGAGAUUAUCAACUCCAUUGGCAUCAUUGUCCUGUCAUUCAGAGGCCAUAAUGUUAUGCUUGAGAUUCAGGGGACGCUGCCUUCAAGUCCAGAGAAACCAUCCAAGGAAUUAAUGCGAAAAGGAGUGAUGGUGUCAUAUGCAGUGAUAGCCAUGUGUGUGUUUCCGCUGGCGAUUGCAGGAUGCUGGGCAUAUGGAAACCAGGCAAGCAAGCGCAACCUUGUUGAGUUCCACUAUGUUAACUCAGUGGUAUCCUCUGUAGGGUAAAAUAAAGGAGAGGCU